GUUGUGUGUCAAGUACUGUACAGUAUGAGUGGGAAGUUAGCACACGAAAUAGACAUGGAUGUGGUGGCAUUUUUUGCUGGCGAGUGGAAGAAAAAGUUCCCAAGUGUCGGCGAGCCAGACGUGUUGAAGUUAGAUCACUUCUCAUCCCAAAAUAGGUCCCUUUCUGAAUUUCAACAGUUACACGAAGCUGCAAGAGAGAAAGUGAUAGAAAUUAAAAGCCAGCUCGAUCAAGCAGAAUUUAUGGAAGAUUUCUUGUCGAACAUUGUGAUAAUGAGAACUGGUCAACAUAUUGAUAGCAAUGUCGGUUACCUGGGAGCCUGUGAUAUGACAGGUGUUACAAAAAGACGUGUAGGGUCAGGUGAGGAGUUGGUCACCCGUAACACAGGGCAUCACAGUAGUGAAGCAAUUAACAACACGGGGAGUCGAGCGGUCACUAAAAUUAGUGUAGGUGAUCACCAGAGGUGGUCAGGCAGGACCAGGGUCCCGGGUCUCCUGUCCAGGGGACAAGGCACGUGCACAGGUAAAUCCGCAGGUGAAAAACAGGUGGACCAAGACUUUACUUGUACCUGGUUAGAUAAUUUGUCUGGUAUACAAAAAGAAAAUGGAUCGUCUAGUGAUGAAGAAACAGACAAUAAUGCACCUUCUGAUUUGUUGGCCCACGAUUUAAAUGAGAAGAAUUUCACAGGAAAUUCUGAAGUGCCAACUGGUAAUCUAGCAACCAUGGAAUUAGGGACAGAUAGCACUAGCACAGCGGAUGUGUUUCAUACAAACCACCAAAACUCAUCUAAUUUAAGCUCCAGUGUGAAGUCUGUCGGAGAAGAUGAACAAAACACAGACGAUGUAGACUUGGGUUUUGGAGUUAGUCGUCAGUCGGUAUCAGAUCGUAUAAAAUCAGUAGAAAGGAGGAUAUCCUGCAAGAAAAGUUCCGAGAAAUCUAGUGUUUCAUCAGAGCAGUCCAAGGCUCCUCCCCCACCUCGACCGAGACCAAUCAGUAGGCCUCGUUUGUCUAGACCAAAACCACCCCAAAUCUCGAAGAGUCCGAGCACCGAUUCUGAAACAGUUCCACAGAAAAGUGAGGGUGAACCAGAAUUAACAGCUUCCCUGAGAUCCAGAGGGCCUCUGGAAACAAAUCUAGGCCUGGAGAGAGACACUAGCCAGGCUGGCAAUCCAUUGUCGACUGUACACAAUGACCACAUGCACGCGGCUGUGAUCGAAAUUGAUCCCACUCAGUGUCAUCCUGAACCAGCUCAUUUGUAUAGAUCAGGAAAUGAAACUGAAACUACGGCCAUUGAGCACAUUACAGUCACUUCCCCUGCUGAUGCCGACAGCAUUGAACACAAAGUCAUAACUGUGUCACAAGAUUGUGGACACAACUUAGAUGAUGAGGAUAUGAAGAAAAUAAGGAAACUUUCCAGUGGUCUAAGCAGUAGCUCUGAAACACACAAUGUACAUGUACUUGGUACAAGUUUCAGAAAAUUUCCUGAUAAUGAAUCGGAUAAGGUUGUUGACACCAAAAGCAAUGGAAUUAAUUCAAAUGUACCAACGGAUAUGGAGGAAGCUUCAGACAUGGGUGAGAAAAAAACGAUUAAAGGUAUUGUUAGGAGAUUAAAGACACAUGAACUUCAAGAUUUGCAAACCAAUUCUACUGAUAAGAAAAAAAAGUCAAAUUAUUUAAACAUUUCACUUAAUGUACUGCUGACUCAAGUCGAUCAACUUAAGGUUUCUGAUGAGAGUUCUGACUCGGACAAUGAAGAUGGAGCUUUGGGGGGAACCAGAGAUGCAGGAGACAUUUCAGGUGUGACGAAUGAGAAUGAAUACAAUAAAAAAACGGACGAGGGGGACAGAUCCUCCACAGAGGGUAACACUCUGUCAGUUCCAGAUGUACACCACAUGCACAGGAAGAAAGUUUCCACUACCUCAAUAGAUACCCAGUCAGACGAGGACGUGACAGAUGGCAGGCACAGAAUAAAGAGGACUAAGUCGGAGGAUGACCUUGACACCAUCAGUUGUGACAGUCAUGAUGAGUUGGAUGUGGUCGAUCAUGAAGAUGAGGUGGAAACAGAAAAGUCGCGGAAGCUGAGGAUGAGGAAAAUACUUGUAAAUGGAAUACUGUCCAGUGAGGAGAACUACCUGUCAUGUCUGGAUGAACUUGUCAAUUUCAAGCGUAAGCUACAGAUGGGCUGCGAGACAAACCCCCUGUGUUCCUUUGAGGACCUGACCACCAUAUUCUACAAGGUAGAGGACAUCCAUGUUCACCACAAGACGUUUGUGUCCAGUCUGAAAGAGAAGGUUGACCAGUGGUCAGAUGAUCAGGAGAUUGGCCAAAUAUUUAAGGAACUGAUUGUGUUUUUUCCUACGUAUAAAGAAUUUGUUGAGAACACUAACAAAGCUCUAGAAUGUGUUGCCAAGUGUAGCAAUGAAAAUCCAGAUUUUAAGAAAAUGGCUCUUAAUUUGAAAGUUAAGGGGCCUCAAAGUGACGAGAAAGUGGUGGCUUCAUUAGAAGAGAUUCUGUUUAAGCCGGUCCAAAGAUUACAAAGAAAUACGCUAGUUCUGCAUGAUUUAAUCAAAGUAACACCCGAGGACCAUAAAGACAUUGCUACCCUCCAGGGGGCACUUAAAAUUGCAGAUCAUAAUUUAAGAAACUUUGGAGUGGAUGAAGAUGCUGAUGACAAGUCUGAAGACAAGCGCCAUCUAGUGAAGAGUGGGUUUGUGGUGGAGAUCGAGGGUAGGUCCCGUAAGCUGCGCUUCCUGUUCCUAUUUAGUGAUGUCCUCGUCUGUACCAAGCACAAGAUCAGUGGAAGACAUAAGGUGCGUUCAUUUGAGUGCAAGUGGUUCGUGCCCAUGUUCCAGAUGUCAAUGGCACCGAAGGGUGAUAAAGUUUACGACUGUAAGGAAGACAUUGAUGCUAUGAAGAAGAAGAUUGUCAGUCUGAAGGCGGAGCUAAGGUCAGAGAUGAGGAAUGCCGAACCUAACAAAGAUAGAUGGUCCAUAGCAGGCAAAGUCCAGCAGAGGUCCAUAGAUAAACUACGUAAGAAAAUUGAAGAGCAGGAGGCAUCACUAGUCCUGGCAUCACCACACAUGCCCAUCACAUUUUCAUCUAAGGGAGAUAACAAGUACAUAAUUCUGCUGUCCAAUGAUUUUGAGCGUGAGGAGUGGAGGGAUGCUAUUGAUAACCAGUUGAAGCACCAUUCCCCACAGGGUCAGCCAAGUCCGCCACAUAAUGCCAUCCAGAGACAGCUUAGUAUCCAUGACAUCCAGUCAAUGAUCAAUGACAGUAAACAGUUACCACAGGUGAACAAGAUUGGAAACGUUUUAAUGAGGAAAGAUGAAGAGAUGCUAAAUGGUAACCUGAAUGUAACGAUUCACACUCUGGCCGGUGUGGAUAAACCAUGUGAGAUAUUUUGUCAACUGGAGCUGGACUCCUACGGACACUUCUUCAUGAAGGCACGUUCAACAACAAGUUCAGUGAUCCAUGUUGGUGAUCGGUCGUGGGACGAGGACUUUGAGAUUGAGCUGGACGGUUCACAGACACUACGAAUCCUUUGUUACAAGAAGGAUGGAGCCAUGGAUGAGCUGAUUGGGCGCAGUGCCUUGGAGUUGAGUAAAAGCUGGUUGAGCAGUACUUUUAAAGAACAGAAAAUCUCCAUGAAUGAUCUCACCCUGACGAUUUCUGUGAGACACACUCCGACUAGUAAAACAUUGAAGAGGAUGCCUUCCAAGAUACAGGGAGGAGUGUUUGGUGUCCGAUUAAAGACCAUCAUAAGUCGAGAGCACAAGACCAUUCCCACCAUUGUGACGACAUGUUUGAAAGAGAUAGAAGCCAGAGGUCUGGAUGAGCUCGGAAUCUACCGAGUGUCUGGAGUAACGUCAGAAAUACAGAGGCUGAAAAAAACUUUUGAUAAAAAUAUGCGUGCUGGAAUAAAUUUGGUCAACAGCUGUGAUAUCAACGCUGUAACGGGUGUACUCAAGCUGUUUUUCCGUGAGCUGCCCGAGCCACUCUUCACUGAGGCUAACUACAAAGCCUUCAUUAGCACCGCUGGAUUAAAGGAUCUGCCGUCCAAGGAGAAGUGUAUGUUACAGCUGUUACAUGAUCUCCCUGACGAGAACUACUACACCAUUGUCAGUGUCGUAGAACAUCUGGUGAAAGUGGUCCAGUGUGAGUCUGAGAACAAGAUGUCCAUCAGUAACCUAGCGACAGUGUUUGGCCCCACCCUCCUACAGCCUGCGGUCAAAGAUUCCAAACUUAGUCCCGCCCAGAUCAUGAUGCAGGGAGCCCAGGAUGUGUUUUCUCAGGCCGAGGUCCUUUCCUUCUUCCUCAACUUGUGUUUUAGUGGACGCAGUAUCCGUCGGUCAUCUGCACACCUGAUUUAAUCCACCAGAAAUUAUCUGUCAUUUUACAAAGGUCAUCCAGAGGUUAAAACUAUAGUGUUAUAGAUACAGUGACCUUGCCAUAGGUCCUCACCAUCUAUAAACAUAUCCAACCAGAGGACCAAAGGUGUCACCAGAGGUAACACGCAUAUUUACCGGCAUACUGUAUCUCAUGCAUGGUGCAAUAUGUAAUGCUGUCCAUGUAACAGUAGGUGAACACAGAUUGUCCAGAUGUGAUUCCCCAUAUUGGACUGAUCUGUGUACAGAAUAUAGGUAGCAGGUGUUACUAAAUACAGAAGGUUUGUGCCUACUCAGAUCCAUACAUAACAUCACUUUCUUCGAUUCCUGUGGUUUAAAGAACAUCUUUAGAUUUUAAAGUUACCUAAAUGCCUAGAGAUCAGGAAGGCAGUACUUCGCUACCAGGAUUUCUAACUGAUGUCGAACAGAAAUGGAAGACAGAAGAAAACUAUGACUUGUCCCGACAAACACAGGUUCUGUGACAAUGCUAUCAAUUACUGUAAACAAGUGCUUUCAUCUAUACCAGUUGCAUAAUAUAAUUUAUUAGGUGAAUAUGACGUUAUUUUAAGGUUAUAUGUUUUAACCUAUAAAAUGUCUUGAAUGGCAUUGUUAUUUUAAGUGAGUGACAUACCAGCGUUUAAUUUAUCAUUUUACGAUUGAAACCGUAAGCACCAUUGAUACGAUAUCAAGAAACUCCCAGUCAUAUUAAAGGAGACAUAGGUUUGAGAGAAGUACUUUAAUUUUACUUCAUUUUGGAAUGUAAGAUGUUCACAGGACCCUAUUCCGUCUUUUCGUAUUGCAGAGUUAUCUGCUCUUGUGAGCGGGUAUUGAUUGUUAAGUCAUUUGUU